GGAAACACUGUUUUUUUUACGCCUUGUGCACAAAGUGGCACAGAGCACAGAUCGGCUCCAGCACGGCUCCUUCUGUCGCUAAUGAAUGGAUUCCCUGCAAAUCCACCUCUCUCGGAUGCUUUUGAGCGCAGCCUUCUCAUAGGCUAUUAUUAAUUUCCAGUCAUCUGUGGGGAGAGUGCUGCCGUUCUGUGGUUAGGCUACAUGAUUAUCUCACCAACGCUGUGGACACUGAUCGUUGAACAUGCCAAGUGCACUGAUUUGAGACCAGCUUUGACUUCAGAGUCGCAUCAGCGCUGCUGGGUGGACACAGAGCUGAUCAUCUGGAGAGGGUUUCUGCAACAAUUUGUUGCAAACAUUGUGAGGGGCGAAGUCAUGGUGCCGUUACCACAUCGGCUUCUCAUGGCACCGUGAGAACUUUGUUCUUCCGGACUCCCCCCCUUUCCCCCUUUAUUUCUUUUACAUGUUUGUCAGCGGGAUCGUGCUUCUUUGGGAAAAUAUCCACCAUUUUGCGUUUCAAUUAUGUUCACUUUUGCUGCCUUCUGCUACAUGCUGUCUCUGGUCCUCUGUGUGUCCCUGAUCUUCUUUGCAAUAUGGCACAUAACAGCUUUUGAUGAGCUUCAGGCUGACUUCAAGGUUCCAAUCGAUCAGGGCAAUCCACUCCAUGCGAGGGAGAGACUGCGGAACAUUGAGAGAAUCUGCAACUUACUGAGGAAGUUGGUGCUACCUGAGUACUCCAUCCAUGGACUCUUCUGCAUCAUGUUCCUGUGUGCUCAAGAGUGGCUGACUGUGGGCCUCAACAUCCCCCUGCUCUUCUACAACACGUGGAGUAGGUACUUCCAUUCCCCAACGGACACUAAGGAGCUGCUCUACGACCCAGCAUCCGUGAUGAAUGGCGACACACUCAAAUUCUGCCUAAAGGAGGCCUGGUGCAAGCUGUCCUUCUUCGUCCUCUCCUUUUUCUACUAUCUCUACUGUAUGAUCUACUCCUUGAUUACCUCAUAUAACGACUGAUAUGUCAGCAACUGGAAAGAAACAAAAACCCUCUGGAUACGCAGAUUGCCACUGUCUUAUUUGAGAAUAGAAAGUGAAGAAAUUUCAAAGUGAAGAAGAGAUUUCUUUUUCUUUUUUUGCUGUGAAGUCAAACAAUGAACUGCAUGGGGGUCAAGCUUCUUUUCUGACUAGUCCCCUUAAGACAGAAGGACAUGUUUUAUGCUCGCCUGUUUAUAAAAACUGAAGACAGUCCUGUUUACAGUUUGACUGGUCGUAGCAAGACCCGAGUUAAUCACUGCCUGGCCAACGUUUGUACCACACAAACAUACACACACACAAACACAAACACACACACACACACAUACACGCAAACAAAAACACAUUUUAGCACACAUGCACAGCCUCCUCUGGAGUGGUACGGUACUUACUGUACAGUAGCAGCGCAAGUAGCCCAGGGGACGAAGAACACAGUAGCAUUUGCACUGUUUGUCUCAGGCACAGCAUGGUGAAGCACCGUCCAGCACAGCACAGCUCACCAACCCUCAGUCAUUCCUCCUCCUCCUCAAUGUCUCACAAACUGUAGCUAAACAGACGAGUCCAAAACAAGGGAUGAAUGGACAAGAUAACACUGUACAGAAAAGAAAACGUUCUGGGGGAACUGCCAGAGCAGCCAGUUCUCUAUAUUUUCUCCUGGAUAGCACAGUCCAUGGCCCAUAGGUUUUUCUUUUUAACAUUAUGUGAAUGGCUUUUGUGACGUGUGCAUUUUGGUGUAUUCUUUAACAAAAGGCAUUUCUAAUUGAAUUAUGAUCUACAGCAACCAGUAUUCUAUACAGCAAAUGCCUUCUUAGUGUUGUCCUAGUGUCGUUCUAUUGUGGGAAACUUUUCUAAAACUCUGACUAAAAACUGACACCUGUCGAAGCUUUUAUAGUAGAGGAGCACACAUUCUUUGCACAAAUAGUGUCUUGCACAAUAUUCUCAAUAUUUGGCUUUAUAUUAGAGAUCAAUUAAGAUAGUCUAGCCACACAGGUUAGGGUCUUCCAACAUGUAAAGAUAUAUCCAGCCCUAUUUAAAGAUGGGGGGACAAUGUGAAUCUUUUCUAGCUUGAUUUACACCAUGGACCAUAAUGAUGUCUUUUCAGUAUUGAAAUGUAUUUAUUUAUGUCUAUUUAUGAGAUACUGAUGGCUUGCCUCCAUGCACUACCUUAAACUAAAUGUUUUUUUCCAAUGUAAGCAGACCAUGAUAAGACAGAAUGAGUAGUGAAUAAAGCAGAAGAUGAGAAAGGUGCUGAGGAUUGAUCUGUCUUUCUCUGUGAUUUGAAUAAAAGCAACUGUAGCAGAUGAUGCAAAUGAUACAUGAGAUCUGUGUGAGCUGUCUAGGAAUAUUGAGGUACCGUACAGUGAUCCCAGAGACGAAGUUGCUCCCUUCCAUAUGCAGGUCAAAGUGUCUUUCACAGAGACACAAGCAGGCCAAGGGCUUGAACCUGCCUCUUCCAUGUGUAGCACAAUUUUCUAACCACCAUCACCUUCACACAGUGAGCUCACUUCUUAAACUGCUACUCCAGGAGCAGAUAGGAAUGCCCAAUUCUUGUUUUCUCUUAUUCUAGUUCCAAGCAUUUUCUAUUCUUACUGUGUAUGUGACCAACCAUGUUGAAUUUAGAUAUUGUUUAUGAAAUAAAGUAUUUUAAAAUUCAAA